AUGUCUCUGAACCAGAUGCAAAUCAAACAGGAGCUGACGCUCCCCCCCGGCCUGGGUAAAACCACCCCAAAACCCAUCCCGGAGCCCCAAAAUCCCCAAAUCCCGGUGCCCGCCCCUUGCCCCGAGCCGCUCCCGGCGGCGGCGAAAUGCCAGGAGAAAGCGAUUCCAGCGGCGGGCGUGGAACCGGGAAAAGGGGAAAAUCCGGGGGCUGCGGUGCCGCAGUGCCCGCCCCAGGAGCAGCAGCAAGCAGAAUUCCCUCCGAAAUUCCCGCUGGAAGAGAAAUCCCGCCAGGAACCGGCGCUGGAGAGGCAGGAGGCCAAGGAGAUCCCGGUUCCCUGCGCCCAGGAGAAGCAGCAGCGCCAGGAAAUCCCGGUGUCCAUCCCAGAAAAACAGGAAUGCAAGGAAAUCCCGGUGUCCAUCCCUGAUCCACAGCCUGACCCUGUCCCGUGUUCCCAGGAGAAGCAGCAGUGCCAGGAAAUCCCGGUGUCCAUCCCAGAAAAGCAGGAAAUCCCGGUGUCCAUCCCAGAAAAGCAGGAAUUCCAGGAGACCCCGGUCCCCAUCCCAGUUUCCUGCCCUGAACCCAUCCCGCAUUCCCAGGAAAAGCAGGAGCGCAAGGAAAUCCCCGUGUCCAUCCCAGAAAAGCAGGAAUUCCAGGAGACCCCGGUCCCCAUCCCACUCCCAGACCCCGUCCCGUGCUCCCAGGAAAAGCAGGAAUUCCAGGAGAUCCAGGAGCAGCGCUCCCUUCCCGAGAAAUUCCCUCCCCUGGAGCAGCAGCUGGAACAGCCCGGCCUCUGGCAGAAGUAG